AUGUUUAGACCACUUAUAACAAACGGCAGAUCAUUGCUCAAGGCCCAACAACACCAAUUCCUCACAUCAUCCUCACCUUCCAGCAGCUCCAGUAUUAGAACCACGGUACGAUUACUUUCUUCAUCUCAAACGGUUUUCAAGCCUGCGUUGGCAGCAGAGACCACAGAAUACUUGACCACUGCUGGAUCCACACAAGCUGCAUGGCCAAAACACUUUCGUCAACCAAAGCCAAAGACAUGGGAGGAAAGCUCAGAAUCUGCAUUGUCGAAAGGUACCAAAUACUUUUUCCUUUCUGAAAUUUUCCGUGGUAUGUACAUUUGUCUUGAGAUGUACUUUCGUUCUCCAUACACCAUUUAUUAUCCAUUUGAAAAAGGUCCUAUCUCGCCAAGGUUCCGUGGAGAGCACGCAUUGAGAAGAUAUCCAUCGGGUGAAGAGAGAUGUAUUGCUUGUAAAUUGUGUGAGGCUAUUUGUCCUGCCCAAGCCAUUACCAUUGAAGCUGAGGAAAGAGCAGAUGGCUCAAGAAGAACAUACAAGUACGAUAUUGAUAUGACCAAGUGUAUCUACUGUGGAUACUGUCAGGAAUCAUGUCCUGUGGAUGCCAUUGUCGAGAGUCCAAAUGUCGAGUACAGUACCGCUACCAGAGAGGAGUUGUUGUACAACAAGGAGAAAUUGUUGGAUAAUGGUGACAAAUGGGAACAGGAAUUGCAAUACUGUAUUGAUGCUGAUGCUGCAUACCGUUAA